AUGCAGGGAAUGGCUCAGUCAAACGGGCAGCAAGGGGCGCUCCCAACGCCAGCCCCCGGGGGCCCUCAGGGAGACUGGAGCUGGCCCUCGCCCCCUUUCCCUUGGGACAUGGACUGCAGCUCCCAUCAGCUCAGCGGGGACAAUGGGAGCUGCAGCCCGACAGGCCCAGCUCCUCCUCCUCCUCGCCGGCUCCCUUGGCUCUGGCCACCAGGCCCCAGAGGAAGGAGGGCCAAGGCCCUUCCCGAGAGACGGAGGGAGCGGGAGGGUGCGUCCGGGGCUUCCCAGCACUCAGGGACCGGGGCGUGGCAGGAAGGGCCCAGGCAAGCAGCGGCGGGGGCCCGGGGAGGGCCUGGGCCCAGGGCAAGGCGCGCUCUCGGCCCCAGAGAAGGGUCCGGCCAUGGGCCCCUCCAGGUCCGGAGAGGGCUGCCCUGGGGCCGGCCUCCCUCCCUCCCUUCUUCCCGGAGCCCCCUUUUGGGAGAGAGAGAGAUAAAGGCCAGGCACCGCUUCGACCCCGAGGCCUCCGUCUCUCCGCCAGGUGGCGCUGCAGCCCCAGGGAAGGCGGGAGGGAGGGAGCGGUCUCUCUCUCUCUCGCGAGACUUGGCGAUGGCGAUGGCGGCCUGGCGGAGUGCGCUGCGGCGGGCGAGGCGCCUGGGCUGCGGCUGGGCUGAGGCUGCAGGGCCUCCCCCGCCGACGGAGCCGCUCCUGGCCAGGCACGGCCGCCUUCCUCCUCCUCCUCCUCCGUCGCGGAGCCUGCGGACCUCGGCCGCCUGCUGCAAGAACCAGGCGGCCCGUGUCCGGGUGGGGAAGGGGGACCGGCCGGUGAGCUACGAGGAAGCGCACCCGCCCCACGGCGUCGCCCACCGCAAGGGCUGGCUCUCCCUCGGCACCAGUCACCUGGAGGGAGAGCUGGGGGCGGCCGAGAGGGCCGUGGAGGACGUCUUCGUCCGCAGGUUCAUCCAUGGCACCUUCCACGGCUGCCUGGCCGACCAAGUGGUCCUGAAGCGCCGCGCCAACGCCUUGGUCAUCUGCGCCGUCUUCCUCCAGCGCCUGCCGCCCUCCAAGUUCUACUUCCUCAUCGGCUACACAGAGGCGCUGCUCUCCUUCCUCUACAAGUGCCCCGUCAAGAUGGAAGUCCAGACCCUGCCGGAGAAGGUGGUCUACAAGUACCUCUAGCCCAAGCAGAGGCUGCUCUCCUUUUGGCGCUUGUCUGCCAUGGGGUCCCAAGGGAAGACUGCGCCCUUCCUGCGCCCCUGGGGCCAAGGAGCUUUGCUGCUAGUCCUCCUGGAAAGGACCGGACGCGGGGACAGGCACCUGGGAGCCUUUUUUGGUGGCAGCCACUUCUGGAGGAGGACCUGAAGCCACAAGCAGAGACUCAAGGGACAUUGGCAAUAGCUGGGGUUCAGGGUGCUGCUGGUCAUCCAAACACGAAUGCUUCUGCUGCCUCCUA